CCGGGCGCUCGCCACACUUCCUGUUGAUCCUGCUCGGCCGGGGGCAGGGCUGAGGGGAGGGCCGGCGGGAGGGCGGUGUCGGCUACCGGCCAGGCGUGGGCGCGCGCCCGCCUGCCGCGGGCACGGAGUGUCCAGCCGCGUCGCCCGAGCCCGGAGGACACUCUGCGGCCGCGUCUCCCGCCCUCCGUCCUGCAGUCCGGCCCUCGGCCCGACCGCGCCGCACUAUGCCCGCCGUGGACAAGCUCCUGCUAGAGGAGGCGUUGCAGGACAGCCCGCAGACUCGCUCUUUGCUGAGUGUGUUUGAAGAAGAUGCUGGCACCCUCACAGAUUAUACCAACCAGCUGCUCCAGGCGAUGCAGCGCGUCUACGGAGCCCAGAAUGAGAUGUGCCUGGCCACUCAACAGCUUUCAAAGCAACUGCUGGCAUAUGAAAAACAGAAUUUUGCUCUUGGCAAAGGCGAUGAAGAAGUAAUUUCAACACUCCACUAUUUUUCCAAAGUGGUGGAUGAGCUUAACGUUCUCCAUACAGAGCUGGCUAAGCAGUUGGCAGACACGAUGGUUCUCCCUAUUAUACAGUUUCGAGAAAAGGAUCUUACAGAAGUAAGCACUUUGAAGGAUCUUUUUGGACUUGCCAGCAGUGACAUCUCUUUACUUUUAGAGCAUGAUCUGUCAAUGGCAAAAUAUAGCAGACUGCCCAAAAAAAAGGAGAAUGAGAAGGUGAAGACGGACGUUGGGAAAGAGGUGGCCACGGCCCGGCGGAAGCAACACCUUUCGUCCCUUCAGUACUACUGUGCCCUCAACGCACUGCAGUACAGGAAGCGCAUGGCCAUGAUGGAGCCCAUGAUAGGCUUUGCCCACGGACAGAUCAACUUUUUUCAGAAGGGAUCAGAGAUGUUUUCCAAACGUAUGGACAGUUUCCUGUCCUCCGUCGCUGACAUGGUCCAAAGCAUUCAGGUGGAACUGGAAGCCGAGUCGGAAAAGAUGCGGGUGUCCCAGCAGGAGUUACUUUCCACAGAUGAGUCUGUUUACACUCCGGACUCUGAUGUGACUGCUCCGCAGAUCAACAGGAACCUCAUCCAGAAGGCCGGCUACCUCAACCUGAGAAACAAAACAGGGCUGGUCACCACCACCUGGGAGAGGCUUUACUUCUUCACCCAAGGAGGGAAUCUCAUGUGUCAGCCCAGGGGAGCCGUGGCUGGAGGUUUGAUCCAGGACCUGGACAACUGCUCCGUGAUGGCGGUGGACUGUGAGGACCGGCGAUACUGUUUCCAGAUCACCACUCCUAAUGGAAAAUCGGGAAUAAUCCUCCAGGCAGAGAGCAGAAAGGAAAACGAAGAGUGGAUAUGUGCAAUCAACAACAUCUCCAGACAGAUCUACCUGACUGACAACCCAGAGGCAGUCGCAAUCAAGCUGAAUCAGACGGCUCUUCAAGCUGUGACUCCCAUUACCAGUUUUGGAAAAAAACAAGAAAGCUCGUGCCCCAGCCAGAACCUGAAAAAUUCAGAGAUGGAAAAUGACAAGACUGUUCCCAAAGCAACAACCACUGUGCCCGAAGCAGAAGAACUCAUUGCACCUGGAACACCCAUUCAAUUUGAUAUUGUGCUUCCUGCCACAGAAUUCCUGGAUCAAAACAGAGGGAGCAGGCGUAUCAACCCUUUCGGUGAAACUGAAGACGAGUCCUUUCCAGAAGCAGAAGAUUCACUCUUGCAGCAGAUGUUUAUAGUUCGGUUUUUGGGCUCGAUGGCAGUUAAAACGGACAGCACAGCAGAAGUCAUUUAUGAAGCUAUGAGACAAGUGCUGGCUGCUCGGGCGAUUCACAACAUCUUCCGUAUGACAGAAUCCCAUCUAAUGGUCACCAGUCAGACUCUGAGGUUGAUAGAUCCUCAGACUCAAGUCUCAAGGGCCAAUUUUGAACUCACCAGUGUCACACAGUUUGCCGCUCAUCAAGAAAACAAGAGACUGGUUGGCUUUGUCGUCCGCGUUCCUGAAUCCACAGGAGAAGAGUCUCUGAGCACAUAUAUCUUUGAAAGCAACUCAGAAGGCGAAAAGAUAUGUUAUGCUAUUAAUUUGGGAAAAGAAAUUAUUGAGGUUCAGAAGGAUCCUGAAGCACUGGCUCAGUUAAUGCUGUCCAUACCUCUAACCAGCGACGGAAAAUAUGUACUACUAAACGAUCAGCCAGAUGACAGUGACGGAAGUCCAAGUGAAAGCAGAGGCGCAGAAUCUGAAGCAUAACUCACUGGUGCCUGUGGGGGAAGAGCACACAGGAAGGAGAGCUGCCUCCUUAAGGGUAUUCAUUUCUCUGCUACGCAGGCACAAUGAACGGGUUUCAGAAUGCUGACAGUCGCUUGUGGAGUGAACUCUCGAUGCCUUGACACUGAGACUUGGGAGGGAAACAGUAAGAAAUGGUGGACAACAUUCCUACCCAUCGACAAAUGUUAUUUUAGGUGCUUUGUGGUAAGUCCAUUCCUUAGACUGCACUGUUCAGCGUUCAGAACAUGCAUUUAUGAAAAAUGCAUUGUUCACUUUAUUUGAAUGUCAUCUCUUUGUAGUUUCUUUUUAAAAAUGUCAAAAGCCCAAAGUUACAAUAUGAUAAGCACUAAAUAUUUCCUAUUAAUAUAAUCUAUUUUUGUAUUUUACUUAAUGAGCUUCAAGUGCCUGUCAUUCUGAAAACUGUGUAUUUAUAAUCUAGCUUGUCUCAUAAUUGGACCCAAUUACUUCGUGCAGUUAGGUGACAAGCACUGCUUUGAGGUCCAAGCACUAGUAGAGGUGCAAGUUUAGUUUUGAUAACUGUUCCACAAAUCAUGCAACAAAAAGACUAGCAGAUGAGCACCACAAGAGACGUUUCACAGUGGAGCCAUACUGAACUAGCAUUCAGAAGUUUAAGGUCCUCCUAGGUAUGCCUGUUUCUAGUGGCAGAUCACUGUGGACAGAGUGCAGCUCUACCAGUUCCUGUUUCUUCUGAGCCAGACCCUCCUCAAGGACGGAACCAAUUCAUUUUAAAACUCAAAGCACAGCUGGUCAUGAGGCUCGGUGUAAAAUUCCUGUUUCUGCCCUGGUACAUCUGUGUCCUGGAAUCUCAGCCCACUUCUCCAUCCCUCCGUCUACCGAUGAAAUGAGUGGAAUGAAUUGGUACAGUGUGUUUAAUUGUAACCAAGUUCAACAGACUAUCUUUGUAAUAAAUUAACCUAGCAAUAAAAAUUAUCAUUCUGUUCUUUU